AUGACAGCUCUCGAAGAAGCCAUGUACGAGCAAUUCGAUGACGAUGAUCAUGGCUUUGAUAGAGAAACCAUGCACCAGGAGUUUGAACGAUCCAGAGUGUUCCGCCCUCGCUUCAUCAUAUAUGGUGUUAGCGGUAUGGGACAGAGUUAUAUUGCUUCUGCCAUUCUUCACCAUUUCGAGGGUGUUCAUGUUCAGAAUUUUGAUCUUCCCAGCAUCUUGGGUGAUGGAAGAGCUAUGGAGCAGGUCAUUGUCGGUCUCUUUACGGAAGUCAGGCGACACAAACCUAGCGUUAUUUAUAUCCCUAACAUCGAAGCUUGGUACAUGGCACUACACAACACUCUGGCUCUUACAACUUUCAAGACUAUGUUACGAUCUAUUCCUCCUACAGAUCCAGUUCUUCUUCUCGCCACAGCAGAGGGUGAUAGAGACGAGCUUCCCAGUGAACUCUUCCGCGAUUUCUUUGGAUUCGCAAAGAAGAACCAAAUGAAAAUUGAGAAACCUGAUCUACAUUCUCGAAUGGAAUACUUCAGCACAACGUUGCAAUAUGUUAAGAAGAAACCCCGCGAGUUCCCCGACCCUGAAAACCGGAAGAAGAGGGUCCUUGAGGAGCUUCCUGUGGCUCCUCCAAUCGAACCACCGCCCCCUACCAAGGCUGAUAUGAAGGCUGCACAGAAGAAAGACCACCAGCUUCUCAAUGCUCUCAAGAUUCAGCUUCAACCCAUCAUGGAUCAGAUCAAUCGAAAGUACAAGAAGUUCAGGCAGCCUGUCAUACCUCAAACUCAGAUCGACUAUCUUUUCGCCGAGUCGGACCCCAAUUAUGUGCGUCCAGACCUUGAAGCUGGACAACUUCGACCAUAUGAAAUCGUCAAGGACAAGUAUGACAACGAUGUUCUCAGAGAUACCACAUCUGGGAAGUGUUAUUAUAAUCUUGAGACAACCACCAUCGAGGAGCGCCUGUCAAAUGGUUUCUAUGCCCGUCCAAAGGACUUUCUUUUUGACAUCAAGGCUCUUGCAAAAGACGCCAAAAAUAUUGGAGACAAGGAGCGAACUCUCAAGGCCAAUGAACUCCUCAGCAACGUCGAGGUUGAUGUCGCUAGUAUCGAAAACCAAACCUCUCAAGUUGACUGGGAGGCGCUGUACAGACGCCAAGUCCAGCGUGCCAAGGAUGCUGCGGAGAAGGAGAGAAAGCGAAAAGCAAUGCAGUCUGUCAUAGACCGUGUGCAAUCUGAUCUGGGAGGGAAUGACAGCGACUCUCAAGGCCCUGUUACUCUGGGAGAAGCCGUGCCAGGAUCGAGGACAACUGCCAGGUUCCAAGUUAGAAGCCCACUUUCAAAUGGUCAUGGCACCUCUGGCCAGGAGUCAUCACACCCCUUGAGCAAUGGCAUCACCCACCGAUUAGGAGAAGAUGUACAGAUGAGUGGUGUCCAAGAUGAUACGCAGGCUAUGUCUGACAUGGGACCUCCACCAAAGUCUCAUGACCCCAGCGUGGCUCAUACUGGCAUGACCCAGAUUUCACAGAAGUCAGUAGUGACUACUCUUCCACCAGGAGUUUCACCAUCAGCUGUCAUCAACGAGGCUUCAACAACUAAAACCUCUGACCCAUCAACCCACCAAUCCUCAAACUUUAGUCAAAUGACAAAUGGUGGCCAUGCUGAGAACCGAGGUGUUGAGGAUGAUAGCCAAGUCGACAUCCCAGACACGUUACUCGUAGCCGGGCACAAUACUUCUGGAGAUGACUCUUGGUUGCACUCUCAAGCUCAGGCUGCUGCAGCAGGGGGUAACCUCAUGCAAGGAUCGGGCAUUUCUGGUAGCCCACCUUCGCAGCGAUCAUCCGGUUUCAAGGCUCAGAGUGUGGGCGGAAUGGCCAACAUCCUCAAUGAUCAGACUUCUGAUGAAUAUCAGUCGGUUCGAAACUCAGGUUCAUCCACUUCGGCUUCUCAACCUUUCGCAGGAGGCGAGAUAGAUACAGUCCUUCAGCACCUAACGGACGCGACAAGCGGCUGUACUAUUGAGCAACUUGAGCAAAUUAACCGUGAGCUCAUGGAUGCUAUAUGGCGCACAAGAAAUGAGUGGAAUCGCAGCAGAGUCGUUGACCAAAUCAUGCACGUAUUCAACGGUGUAAUGGACGACAUUGAUGGCAUGCAAGGAGUUGGACCAGGUAGCCAAGUCCCCUAUUGAUGGCUGGCGCACCACAAAAUCUCAGCAGAUACGUGUUUUUGUAAAAUGACAGGGAAAGGAA